GUACACUAGUUAAGGUGAAGCCCGCGAUAACUACUGCUCAAUUAUAGCAACCACCUUUUGCUGUCUGUUUCCUUUUAUUGUCUUUAAAAUCAUUAGUGGGGUGGCUGAUGAAUUCCUUUAAGAGUAGAUUCACACUAGUCAGAUUUAUUUUGUGUUGCUACCUAAUUACAAUUUACAUUUAUUUCAAAAAGCGAUUUCUUUAGCUUGUUUUUUUUAAUUACUGGGUUGACAUCCGGUGCAUAAUUGGGGGUUACUGCAAUGCUUGUUAUCAGAUAAUGAAGAAAACUGUCCAAAAAUAGUUUUGAGUCAGUGGCCCAGCAGACAAACAGUAUUUAUGGACUCGUGAAGAAAGUUAAUUAGCACUGGAACGUCCUGGUUGUAGAAUGUAGCAGCUUCUAUCAAACUACAUACCAACUAUAUGACAGAGGUGAAGGUUGUCAGUAUCAUUCUCUCAUCACUGGUGUGUAGAGCCUGUCUCGUAAUGGAUUUGGAGGGCAAAUGGGGAUGCAGAUUGUUAGAGUGAAAACAUGGAUAUAGGCAGAUAUACUUUACAGAAAUGCAUACAUGUACCAUUAAUUUGUGUGCUAGAGUAAUAACGAUGGAGUGUUGACUAAUUUCCCAAUGAUGUAUUUCACAAAUGAUUUAUCAGCUUACUGUGAAGACACCACUUGAUUCCGCACCGCCAUCUGCAUAGCUGUAAAAUGUACUCUGCUACAUGUGCUGCAGGAUCAUUUCUGUUAUCUGAAGCAUCUCUUUUUGUAUAAUUGCAGAAAAAUCUAAAAAAUAUAUAUAUAUAUUGGACAACAUAAUACCAAUAUAUCUGUGAUUGGCCAAUAUUAACCCAUAAUAUUUACCAACUAUUUAAUCUGACAGGAUCUACAGAUGAGAAAGACUUAUCUCAAUUUACCCAGAAUAAUAGAUUGUCCCUUUAAUAUUCUAGUCAUUGAUAGCAAGUAGUGUCACCACUAAAAGCUUCCGAGUGGGCUAAAGUGCUGAGAAUUUAAGCUUAUGUAAAUUUGUUAUCCAGUUUAGUAGUGCAAAAAGCACUUUAAUACCCUGAAAAUCUAAUAAAUGCAUAAGCUUAUGCCUACAUUUCUGUUUUUUUUUUUUUAUUUAAUUUGUGUGCUUUCAAACACUAUUUUGUACUUCAAUAGACUAUUUAAAAAAAUAUUCUGUUAACAAACGAUUAUUGCAUUCUAAAGUAACCUCAGCUACCGAUAUUAGCUGGAAAUGAAAAGAUCUAACAAACAUCUCAAAGAGCGUAGCUUUAUCUAAUUCCGUGGACAAGACGACCACUCGGGGUCUGCGAACCUGACUUUGGGCACCGCAGUUCUGGUCUGCUCGGGAAACUUCUACGAGGAGCGAGUGAAGGAAGUUGCAGCCCAUGUUAGGAAAUGUUCUCCCUGUGGGCUGCUGCAGUCAGCUGGACAGAGCAGAGCGUCGGUCGCACGUCGGGUUUUCCUCUCUGGACGGAUCCUAAUAAUCAGCGCUGAUCAUCAUGGCUCAGGCGAAAAUACAGGCGAAGAUGAACGAAGCUACCUGCAGCAAGUUCAGCAGGACUCUGUCUAUGGCGGAUCGCUCGGGACAGCUGCUGGAAAGUUUGGAUCAGCUGGAAAUUAGGGUGGAGGCUUUACGCGAAGCUGCAUCGGCCAUGGAGCAGGAAAGGGAGUGCAUCCUGGAAAUGAUUCAGUCCUUACAGAACAGUCAAGAAAUGCGUAACAUCUGUGCUGGGGAGAGAGAAGAGUUGAAUUUAACUGCAGACCGUCUAAUGGGGCGGACGCUGUCUGUGGAGAUCUCCGUUGGCACAAUCAGAAACCCCCAGCAGGAGGACGCGCUGCACAAGGCCACGUCUAUAAUAGAUGAAAUAGUGAAGAAGUUACUGGACGACAUGUACGGUGGUCGUCAGCGGCUAAUGGCCCUGCACGCCGCCUGUGUGUCUGAGGCACCAGCUGUUCCCAUCGACCAGAAGUUUCAGGCCAUCGUGAUCAGCUGUGCUCUAGAGGACCAGAAGAAGAUAAAGCGGAGGUUGGAGACUUUGUUGAGGAACGUUGAGAAUGCUGAAAAGAACAUCAAGAUUAUGGAUCAUCAGAAACUUGAGCACACACAAGCCAAUGGUGGUCAAUAAGACUUGUCACCAAAAAAUUAAAUGUGUCUUGAAUACCACUAACCUCACUGAAAACUAUUGUAGUCCUGUACUAACUUUGAGAAGGACUCCACUAUAGUAGCAGCAAGAAAUGCCCCUUUGGGAAAAGCACAGUGAUGCUGAACCUUACAGCAAAAAAUACCAAGCUUUACCUUUAAAUCGUUGUCUUUUCCGUCAACCUUAAUAUUGAUUUCUUAAUGUAUAUACACAGUGCACAGUGUGUGUUCGCACACACUUAAGACAGAAAAAGACACAUUGCUUCAUUGGAGGUUUGCUCAGUUUUUCAGAAAAUCCAGUGCUGGCAAUCAACUUCGAGUUAAGCGCUUAUAAAUGCGUCAGUAGAUCGUCUGCCAAGUUUUAGGUGAUACAACAGUGUGAAAAACAGUCUAUCGACAUUUCAUUGCCAGGUGAAAGUGAAUUCAUUUGACAUCUGAAAUAAGCAUCCAGAUACUACUAAAAGAAUAUGUCUGCUCUAGAUCACCAGAUUGCCCAGACUGGUUUAUCCGAUUUGACAAACAACAAAUCCAAUGAUGGAGUGUGUUUUUGUGUUUUGUUGUGUCACCUUUUUCAAUUAGGCACUUGGUAAGGAUUUUGGGUGUGCACUCACUACCUCUUUGUGUGAAGACAACACAAGUCACAUCAAGCUGUGGAUUCGUAUUUUCACAAAGUUUUGUUGGUUUUUUUUUUUGCAUAAAACUGAAUAAAACACGCAUUAUCUAAAAGGGUUAA